UCACACCUCAAGCCUGCCACGGUGUGCGUCGUCUCCAAACUCUUGGAAUAUUUACAACAACUUCAGCGGCAAAACUUCAUUUAGGAUGCUCCAAUAGUUGAGAGCAGCCAUGUCAGAAGAGGCGGUGCGUCAAACACGCAGCCAGAAGAGGGCCAUGGAGAGGGACAGCACGGGAGACAUGGACUCCAAACGGGUCAAGCUGGAGAAGGGGGACGCUGACGGAAGCCCCCUGGACCUGGAUGGGGCCGAAGCAGAGGGGGACAAACUGAAGAGUGAACAGUCGGCGAAGUUGGCAGCCAGCAUCCUUAAGACUGGGGAGGUGAAGGCCACUAUCAAGGUGGAGGUGCAGACGAGGGACGAGCCUGUUGACAUGAGCACAUCCAAAAGUGAAAUCAAGAGAGAGCGCCAGCCGCCAUCACCAGAUGACGUGAUCGUGCUAUCAGACAACGAGCCAUCCAGUCCUCUCAUGAAUGGCCACUGCUUUACUAAGACGGACACAGAAAAACUUAUGAAGAGUUCUCCCGAGGAGCGGGAGCAAAUCAUCAAACAGCUCAAAGAAGAGCUAAGACUCCAAGAAGCCAAGUUGGUGCUGCUUAAGAAACUACGACAGAGCCAGAUCCAGAAGGAGAGCACAGCUCAGAAGGCAUCUGGCUCCGUGGCGACUCCCCCUCCUCUGGUGCGAGGUAGCAUUACAUCAAGCAAAGGACCCCUUCAGGUAACUGGUCGCAGCUCAGGCAUGGUGAUCCCUCCGCCUCUGGUGCGGGGAGGUCAACACGUCCCGUCCAAACACAGCUCUCAGACAGCCAUGCCACCACUGGUCAGAGGAGCCCAGCCUGUUACUGUGACUCCCCAGCAGAUCGCCAGCCUGCGCCAGCAACAGCAACAGCACGGAGGCUCGGGCCCUCCUCCUCUGCUGCUGGCUCCCAGGGCCUCCGUGCCAAAUGUGCAGGUCCAGGGACAGAGGAUCAUUCAGCAGGGCCUCAUUCGGGUGGCUAAUGUGGCCAACAGUAAUAUAUUGGUCAACAUCCCACAGGCGUCUCCAACGGGCAUUAAGGGUUCUUCAGCGUCACCCAACUCUGGCAUCAAUGAGUCGCCUGCCAGCCGCCAGGCCGCCGCCAAGCUCGCACUUCGCAAGCAGCUGGAAAAGACGCUGCUGGAAAUCCCGCCGCCUAAACCUCCUGCCCCCGAGUUCAACUUCUUGCCUUCAGCCGCCAAUAAUGAGUUCAUCUACUUGUUGGGGUUGGAGGAAGUGGUGCAAAAACUCCUCGACAUGCUUGGUAGAGGCAAUCUAGGUCCAACAACCGGCAUGUCCAGCUCAAUUCCCAAAGAGCCGUACACAUGCACCCAGUGUAAAACUGAUUUCACCUCUCGCUGGAGGAAGGAGAAGGCCGGGACCAUCCUGUGUAACCAGUGCAUGUCAUCCAAUCAGAAGAAGGCACUCAAGGCAGAGCACACCAGUCGGCUGAAGGCGGCUUUCGUCAAGGCACUGCAGCAGGAGCAGGAGAUUGAACAGCGCAUCCUCCAGCAGGCCACCACCUCCUCCGCCACAUCCAUCUCCAAAACCACCUCAUCCUCUCAUUCGAUGUCCAAAAGCGAGGUGCUCGUGUCUCACCAGUACAAGCAGGUCAGGGCUGCCAUGUCGCAUAGAUCUGUGACGGGCCAUCAUUCUGCCAUUAAGCAGCUGCAGAGUGCCGUGACAGCGGCAGCAUUGAGCAGCAGGCCAGGUAAGCACGGGGCGGCGCGCCCGCUGCAGCAAGGGGUGAAGGUCAGCGCUGGUGGCAGCAACAGUAAUCAGGGCAACGUGACUGCCUGGAGGAAGAGCAGCAGCAAUGCAGGCGUGACUAUGGCCUACGUGAACCCCAGCUUGUCCGCCCACAAGACCACCUCCUCCGUGGAGCGCCAGCGGGAGUACCUGCUGGACAUGAUACCCUCCCGCUCCAUCUCCCAGGCGGCCAACACAUGGAAAUAAUACCUCCUCAUCUCCCCCUCCCUCCCAUUCCUAUUGUCAUUUUCCCGCCCUUGUAAUAUCUAUGAUAGCCAUUAUGCUCCCACCCAUCUAUAACGUUAUCAUUCUAAUCCUUUCUAUGAACUUGAUGCAGGAGGGUAAAUCUGCCUCCCGUUUUUUUUUUGUCUUGAGAGGGAGAUGUUCCUCCAUUUCCGCAAUGAGAGCCUAUUCCCGAAGUUUGGGAUACACGGAUUGUGUCCAGUAGAGGUUGUUUUUUUUUUUUUUAAAGGUGGUUUGGGUUCAAACUUAUUUUGGUCGACCAUCUUACAGUGGGAGUCGCCACAGAAUUCCUCUGUCUAUGGAUUAGACAGAGUAAAGAUAUUAUUAUUAUUAUUAUUAUUAGACACAACAGAAUACGCGCCUUACCCUUCUUCGGUAGGUCCAGUGCGGUGUCUGAACUUGAGAUCUCGUCACACGGACUGUUUGAUCUUCGAGGACCAUCGGAGAAAUUGCUUUGCAAAAAUGAGUAAGAAAGAAAAGAAAUGCAAAAGACUGUAAAACUGCACACAGACUGCCUCUUCUUUCCAAUCUCCAGCGUGUACACCAGAGAAGCCGAUGUGUCGGACUCUUUGUAUGGCUGAAUUCUAGAUUCUUGUCUGUUUUUUUUUUUUAAAUAUUGUGCUCCUCCAACGCUUUGGAAGUUGCCUCAUGCCGAGGUCGAAAUUAUACGAGCUCAUGUUACUGUUGAAGGUGGUUUUACAUCUGCUGGUUUCCACAUUGUAGCCGACUUUUAAAGACUUGGAAAAGAAAAAGAAUAAAGAUAAAAAGGUUUCACUGACUAUUGUAAAAUUAUGGAGCCUAAUGUGUUGUUUUGAAGACUAUUGUUGAGAGACAAAAUAAACUUCCAAAGAACUAGUGGAGCCCAAAUAAAUCCCUUCUGCUGGAAGGUUUGGAGUUUAUUUGAAGCCUCUGGAGAAAACAUGAUGUCAUGCUAAAACUGGAGGAGGUUUGUCAUAUUUGUGACAUGCUUUUUUUUCUUUUUUUUUUUUUCUCGCUUUUAGUCAUUUAGGUUGUGGUGCAUUGUUUUCUUUUCUAGUCACAACUGUCUCCGGGUUUAUUUAUAGUCACGUUAUUAGUAAUAACACCCGCGUGAAUGGAUGACCCCCGCUCGUCCGUGUCGUUUGGCGUCUUGUCAAGAAGAAGCUGGACAGCUUUCAGAAUGUAGUGAUGCAAACAACACCCACCAGGAAGUCUUCUAAUGUGAUGUUGCGUCAGGUUUUUCAUGGAGGCUGCGCUGCAUUUUAAUCAGGAUAAACUGGGGAAGAUCAUACUUCAAACAGGAAUCCCCACUGUGCUGGGUGUUUAGUUCCUUAACAACCAUGCGAUGUCUCCAACCUGUUGCUAAAUUAAUAGUGAAUGAAACCUUGGGCAGGUUGUGCAUUCUAUGCUCCACUGUCGGAUCAGAAUGACGACCAUCGGAUUGACACCUCGAGUCCACAGCAGGGGAAUUGGACAUAUACCUCAGAGGAUCUGAUCCAAAAAGCCCCCCAAAACAUUCAUCAUACCACCAAUAAUGUUGGAUGGUAUUUUGCCAGCACGGUGUUCUUGCGGUCAGCACGUCUGUUUCGCCUUUGAGAUUCGGCUCUGGUCUUCCUGUUUGGAGUUUGCAUGUUCUCCCCAUGCUUGUUUGGAUUUUCUUUGGGUAUUUCCUUCUAAAUUCCAAAAACAUGAUUGUGAGGUUCAGUGAAGACUAAAUUAUCCAUACGUGUGAAUGGUUGGUUGUGUAAAUGUGCCCUGUGAUUGGAUGGCAACCGAUUCAGGGUGUACCCUGCCUCUUACCGGAAUCAUUUGGGGUAGGCUCCAGCUAAUUCGCGACACAAAUGAGAAAAAGCAGUGUAGAAAAUGAAUGGAAAGAGAAUACAUUUUAAUAAAUUUAGUAUGUCCCUCGAACAAACUGAGCUGUCCCCUGAUGGGGAAAAAGCGUCAUCACCUCCUGGUUUCACUUUGGACUUGUGCGCCCGCCUCCUAAAAUCCACAUGGGAAACAACCCAGGUAGUCUCUACAUUCCCGACAGGUUAAAAAAAAUAAAAUAAAUGCAGCAUCAGCCCACCUCUUGGUGAUGGAUUUAUCGUUUGCAUCCACAAGUGUUACAACCCUGCCGCUGUUUGAAAUCAACAUCAUUCCGUUUGUUUUAGGGGGAAAGAUGUGGCCCAACCCACAUUGCAAAUAAAAUAAUGUAUGAGGAGAUAUUUGUUUUGUUUUGGGGUGGAUUUCUUCAUCCCCUGCUCUGUUAAAUAACAAUAAAAACUAAUUUUAACUCCUCCUUG